GUCGUCUCGAAGUAGGUGGUGAUACGGAUACCAGGACGAGAAAUUCUCUUGCUUCUAGGGGUUACAAGAAGAUGGGCCCUAAUAAAGAAGAGCAAGAAGACUUAAAAGACUCGUCAACAAACGAAGCCCACCAGGCUGGACCGGGAAUCCAGGUCUCACCUGCGCUGAUGCGUGCUAUUGUGAGUGCUGCAGGAGGCGGAUCGGCUUAUUGUAGCGCAGAUGAUGGGAGGAAUCAUCUACACCUUGCAGAGGAGAACAUUGAUGCGAAAAAAGCUAGUGAAAAGGUAGACGAACAAGCUGCCUGUGCAAGUCACUCCAAAGCUGAAACGAAGGCGAAGCAAGAUGCUGAAGAAAAUAAGAGCGAGAAGGUGAAACAGGCAAAUCGUGCGAAGAACGCGGCAGCAAGUCGGCCAAUUCAUGUCGUGAAAUCACUUGUUUUGCCGUCGCGAGGAGGUGCAUCUUCUUCAGUAUCAGACCAACAAAAAGCGCCAGGAGAACACAAAAGCCAAGAAGAUAGAGUUCUCGAGAAAGCAAAAGCAAGCAAAGAAAAGAGCGUUGGACUUGAGCCGCCAACUACUUGCUAUCUCGGUCUGAGCGCCUCAACUGAAAGAGGUGGAGACGUUGCUACUAUUCCGCCACCUUUUCCGGCUUCAUCUUCAUUCCAUGGUCCUCCUGUUUCUGAUUUGGUAGAACGACAACGAAACAACCUUCGUCCACAAGGAGUAUCUGAAGCUUUCCCGACACCAGCCGGUCUUCCGCAAGCAGACAUUCCUCGACGUCCUCCAUCAGGGACACCAGCCGGUCUUCCGCAAGCAGACAUUCCUCGUCCUCCAUCAGGAUCAGCUUCUCCACCUAAACAGUUUUUACUGUCUGCGAUCGGUGUGCUACGCAACAUGCUUUUCCGUGUCCCUGCGGAUGCUCAAAGCAUAGGCCGACUUCUACCGUUUCUAGCUCCUUGGAACUGCCAAAGUCUGUCCAACACGGUGAACACCCGUGUCGUGGUUCCUGUGCUAGAUCUGGUGGACAGGGUGACUCAAGAUAUGCAGGACAUGACAGAUCAUGCGGCGGAACCACCUAGAACUCAGACUGGAUAUGGAGGUCUAGAUCUUCCUGGAGGAAGCAGGAGUGGUCCUGGAGGCACCGUCCUCCGUUCUCCUGGGGCGGCAUCGGCAGCAGCUGGAAGCAACGGCGCAAGUCAGAUGCGUUCGAGCGUGCGAGUUCCCACUGGUCUAGAUCACCUCCGCCGUGGUGAUCGUACAACUACACUUCUUCGUGCCCAAUCACAACAAGGCGGAGGUAUUAUCAAUGAAGAUGAGGAUGGAGUAGAUGGUUCUUCCCUUGAUGAAGAAGAUGACAAUGAAGAUGGUACUGAUCUCUCUUGUCUGACGAGUGCAGCGCAAAUCGAAUUGACACGGAUGAUGAAGAUGCAAGAGAUGCUGCGCCAAAAUCAACUUCCAUCUCGUAUCAGUGGAGGCCGCUCUUCAUCUUCUAGCAGGAAGCAUGGCCAUGCUGGACGAUCGGGGUCAGGACAACAGCAACAAGGUCGUGGACGUAAUCAAAAAAGGAGUGGGAGUGUUGGGGGACUCGACCAGCAGCAAUGUAGUCCAAACCCGGAUGACCUGCUGUCUCCUCGUGCGGGAGUGUUGAUGCGACCUCCGAGCAGAGGUGGAGCACAAGGUUAUUGUUCACAGGUUCUUGCGAAGGUCUUGUUGCAAACGUGCCGUGUGCUCUUCCACAUGGUCGGGGCUGCACCACCAAACCGUAGUUCCUUACCUAGCAGUCCACGACGAGGACAAGUACAGGUACAGGGAGGCGAUUCACGAGAUCUUCAUAAAGGUCAACAACAAGCUCAAACAGUAUUGAAUGAGGAGGAAAGUAGAAAGUUGGAUGAGCAGGUUGGCGACGUGAUGAAAGCACUAAGUGCAUGCCGCUUGAGCGAGGAUCAUGAUUGCAACGAUAAGGAAGAAGGACAACAAGGAAGAUCUUCAUCUUCAGGCUGUAAAGGAUCUUCGUCAGGUUCUUCAGGAACAGGAUCCUCAGGAGACCCACAACAGCAACAGCAACCACCUGUGAUGAUGAGACGUGAAUCAGGUCAACGAGGAGCGCCUUUUUUACCUCCUGUGCCAGAGGAGCCUCACGGUACUAUGUCCUGUGCUUCUUCGUCGACUGCGGGAUAUGACCGUGGAGAGCAACAAAUCACAGGAGCUAUUCCUGCAGGGCCUUCUUGUUCUCCGAUGCUUCUGCGACGUGAAACGACUAGAAAUUUGCCUAGUGUAGAGUUCGAUCGUCUUGUUUUGCCGCCAGUCGCGAGUAAAGAUCGCCAAUGCCUCGAAAAACAAGAGCAAGCGCCGAGACCUAGUCCAACGCCGAAAUCUCCAGCACAAGGUGGUGGUCUCGAUGUGUCACCGCUAUGCAUCAAAAAUCUUCACGCUUUGGCUAAUCAGGACGAUGAGCAAGUUGAAGAAGGACGAGGACCACGAGAAAGACACGAGAAUCAUGAAGACACUUCAGACUGCUCCCAUUCAUCUUCAGAGGAUGCCGAUGAUGAAGAUGUUGUGCAAGGUGAGACCGGAUUUCACCAAACUGCUUUCCCGUUCCCUGAUACCGAGACCGCUGAGCAGACCCACGCCGCUCUAGUUGCAGAUAUCUUGCCACAAGAACGCGACAUCACUGGACGCACAUUCGCAAAGAGACGCACUCAACGUCAAGAGCGGCGCAGACAACAACAAUUACGGCCUCCCCUAAAAAUCCAUCUUCGGAAGCAUCCUCGAGCACCUGCUCAAGCGGAACAGGCAUCCAUGAUGCAUCUCGGGAUGGAUUAGGGCGAGCUCUAAAACAAGGUGCUGAUGGUGAAACAGCGACAGGAUCACCUGCUUCAGUGAUUCCUCAGAUCCGGUACGAACAUGCACGUCACGGCAAUCCGUAUUUCCUUGCCUUGCCUGUGAUCCAGCGGAUCCUGGUCACACUAAAUGCUUUGCACAAACGCGCAAAACUGUGUCAUAACGAUGUCAGCCCAGAAAAUCUGAGACUUGAUGCGGAAGGAAACCCAGUGUUGCUGGAUCUGGGACAAGCAGAACCUAUUCCCGUAUUUAAACUAAGUACUUUGUAUUUAUAACAGCAGUAGUAGUCGGCCAGUUUGUUCUAACCGUCGCAGGAAAUGUUUCGUCUUGCCGGUGAUGCAGUAAAAUCACUUGAGACGUAUUGAAUGAAUGUCGAAGUCGAUUAUAAUGGCUCUACUCGAACCUAAGUCGUCCCUGCCAAUGCGGCCUGGCCGCGAGACAGCGGACCCUCAACCUUGAACCUUGAAUCUUUUUGUACGUACUACAACUGUUGUUGUGAACAAGUAUGUACUUCUGGUACUAGUACAACUACAACUCUACUACAACUUGUCCGAUUUUUAUCUCUGAUGCUACAUCUAUUCCUAUACGGCAAGACUUAGGUUUAGGAACAUGAUCAUGAAAUUACUCAACACAUAAAACUACGUGUUGAAAGAUGUGAAGACAAGACCUUUCAUGAUAAUCACGACCCAGCACCUACACCUACAGGAUAUGCGUGCUUUCCAGAUGCUUGAACGCGGAAAGGGCAUCCGUCAUGGUCGCGUCCAGUACGCUGCUCCAGAGAAGGUUUCGGUACCUGAGAAGCUUAAAGGAGAUGUGAAGAUUGAAGAUUUAGAUGAGCUCUCCCUAGACGAAGAGGACGAGGAUGAAGUGGAUGACAUCAUGGGCUUCUACGAUGAGCGGGUGGACGUGUGGGCAUUUGCUUUGACCAUUCACGAUUGGCUGCUAGCUGCACGCUUCGGCAAGGGGCCGACGUACAGCGUUCUUCGCGGAACAGAGCUAGAGAUGCUAGAACAGCUGCGCUCGUUUCAUCAUCGAACUUCUACAAGUACAACAGGGGAAAAAGGUACAGGUAAGAAGGAGGGAGGUCAUGGUCCUCUUGUUGAAGUUGUCAGGAGUUGUCAAGACGGUUCUGGCAGGUUAUCUGAUAAAAGUACUGCAGAGCAGGACGUAACCUACGGGGACCCAGACAAGGCCAGCACCUACGCUCUUGACACGCGAAUCUACACUUUCCGAGAAAAUGAAAAGCUUCUUGAUGAAGAUGAUGUUGGAGAGCAUCAGCACCAGCGCGACCCGCCUCAUGUAAUUUUAUGCUUACAAAAGCUGGAUCUUCACUCGCUGAUCUGUAUGGUUCUGGUAUUUGGUAACCUGAAUUUGAUCCUAAGGGAAAACAAGAAGAGAACCCUUAGGAUCGAGUUCAGGUUACCAAAUACCAGAACCAUACAAUAUCUGUCGUGGCGCACCUUGAUUUCAAGGGAAACCACGAGAGAUCAAGACACGACAGAAGCAGCAUUUUGAACCAUUCACGAAUGCAUAUCGAAAUUCCAUGUUUGACCGAAGAAGAAGUUCCUCCUUUGGUUUUGCGAUUGACCGAGAUUCGAGAUGCGAUUCGACGCGAAGAGCCACAAUAUUUGCCGAUUUGGCUCUUCCUCGAGACGCUGUUGGUGCCGAAGCACGAGCGUCCCCGUUUCGAUCAAGCCUUGCGGGAUUUCCAACACCGAUUUGGCAGAGCCAUUGAAGAAAUGGGAAACGGUUUACCAGCAGAAGAGGUGCAGCGAGCUUUGGAUGGAACGACUACAGUUAUGAUUGGUUACCGCUAAUGCAUGUCCUUAACACCAUCAUCCUUGGUUCUUCUUUUUCUACUUGAAAAAGGAACCGAGGAUGCUGCUCUGAGGGAUGCCAACGUGGUAGCUCCAAUACAGAUGGUGAGGAUGAUUUGUUCAGCGAAUAUGGAGGCGCUUGUUCCUCGUAUGGAAGCUGCUCGCUCAACUACUGCUCAUCCGAAGCUGGCGACAGGUCAUCGUCGUAUACCACCUCAUCUGCUCCGAAUACGACGACAGCAAGGGAUCAAGAGCAACAACUUGUCGGCAGCAUCGCUAGCUCCACCGGGGAUCAAGGUGCGGGUGGAGAAGUUACGAAACUAUUAACACAUUUGAAUAGGCAGACUCAUAUCUUUCAAUAGUGACGUUUUUUAGCAUUACCACUAAAAAAUACUCAUCCUUGGUUGUUCUUUGUCCGAAUCGGAGUAGUUCUCUCCCCUUGUUAAUCAAUUUCUAACAACGCAUCUUCCGGUUCCGGCGGAUCGAGGCUUGGUAGAGCCGCGAUUACCGUGGGCGAUGUGCUAAAGCGGAUUCUGUUGAAGAGUGUCGAAGAUGGUAGUGCUUGCACCGACCAAAAGCAGCUGCUUGCCAUGUUGACAGAUGCUAAGGCGGACGACAACACGACCGAUCAUCCUGGUGUUGGCCAUGAUGGAGCUGGUCCGAGUACUGGAGCAUCAAGUACUAGUUGUGAUCAGAGUUUCAACACGCCAGUAGGAGGUACAAGAACAGUAGAUGUUACAACUACAACAUCAGCGGGUGGACCGCCCGCACCAGACAGGAGUGCAAGUGCUGCUGUUCAUACAUCUGUGGAGGGCGGGUCUCAUAGUAGUACAACUCCACAUGAUAAGGAUCGCACAACUAAUCCGGAACAUUGUCAAGUGGACGCGGGCAUCGAAGAACUUCUCGAUACCAGACUUAGGGCUUCAUCCACCGAAGUUUCAAUUGCAUUCCCAACGUCAUCCAUCUUCUUGGCUCUUUUUCUACUUGAAAAAGAAGGCAAGCUCUUUUUCUACUUGAAAAAGAAGGCAAGCUCUUUUUCUACUUGAAAAAGAAGGCAACUAGUAUGGAUGCUAGCUACUAUUGCUAGUAUGCUCUUGGGAAUGUAAGCACGGCACUAGCUCUAAGAUACAAGCAGAAGUGGUGGCUGAAAGUGAGGAAGAACUAACAUUUGGCUCACUGAUUGCCGCUAUCCACGUCCGGGCCUUGAAUAAUCUCAGUCGAAGACUGCGAUCAAGUCAGUAAACGAGGAGGAGGAAGACAACGUGGCCUUGGUGUCCUUGGGACAUUUAUGUUGGAAUGUAUCAGUGUCAGUGUGGUGUGACGAGCUUUUAUUUGUUAAAACUGUGAAAUCAAAGAUAUAACAUUUAGACUAUCCACUUGAAAUAUGCGUAAGCGAGCAGGAUGAACUAACCUAUCGCUAUGGUAACAACACCGAUGUAUAACUAUCUCUAUCACGAUCGACAUACUACUUUGUUUCUUUUUGUACAUUAUUGCAAUUUUUGAUUUAGGCCGAUGUAGUUUGAGAAUGAAGUAUAAGUAAGAGCGGGUACAGGAGCUACUAAAGAAAUACCAACGAGAUUGAUGUGUACGAUGUUCUAUUUACAACAGGACAAGAAAGGAGCGUUGCUCCUACACAUGUAUCAACCUCGCAUGUCUAUGAUCUCUUCAAUGUUGUAGCUGAAUGAGAAUGAAUUUGAAGCGCAUUGAAACCAAUGUGAUUGUGAGUAAUGCAGCCAAGAGUGGGGUUCUCUGGGUCAAAAAUUGUAAGUCAAUAAUACCUCUCAGGGACGAGUUAAUGUUAAAAAUUAUGGCUGCGUUUUAGACUAGAACUAUAUGCCUGAUGUUCGUUGUUAAUUAUUUGAUUGUGGGUUGCUUCGCAGAAGUAGGGCAUGAUAGAAUCUGCAAAAACUUGACAAAGGAAAUAGAUGCCGCGCUACCUCUCGCACCUCCUGGAGGCGGUCAGACGGGUUCAGAGGAUCAAGGAGUGGAGUGUCUGUAGUGUACUCCCUUUUUUGCGUCGUCUUCUUCAGCACCAGCCAUUGCUAAAAGUAAAAGAAACGAAGGUUGUUCACCAAAUAAAUAUAACUAAGUUUAUUUUUAAGAGAUGACUCUCAUUCUCAUUUGAAUAGGAGCAUUUGCUUACGAAAAGCACUGAGUGUCUUCAAGGUGUACAAAAAUCCUGAAAUAAACACACAAGAAAAUAGCAAAACUAGCGAUCUUUGUAGUUUGCAUCUAUCUAGAGGUAGAAAGACAUCACGCAGCAGAAGAAGCUAGACGAGUACCGCGACUACUAUUUUACUACGAGGACUAAGAUGAAGUGGACCUUUGUCCUCUGAUUAUAGCAUACUAGUCAUAGAAGAUGAUUUAGACAUCGACAUGUCAUACACCAUGAUCAGCAUUCUGCAAUCCUUUCUUACACAAAAUAGAGGUCAUGUGCUACAUCUACAUGUUUUUAAGGGAGGACCGAGACUGAAAAACAAAGUCAUGCAAAAUUUUUAAUUGAAGAUAAUGCAGCACAAGAUUUCAUUAUAGAAGAAUCCGAUAGUCACUGUGUCAGUUCACUUCUGUUCUUCAACUGACGGUGUGCGUGGUGUGGCAUUUUGAUAACUUGCAAGUCUCGACGAACAACAAAGAGGAAGUGAUCGCCGGAUAUCACCAGGUUCACCUGCCCGGCGGUCUUAGCCUACAAAAUAAAGAUCGCGACCCUUCUUGAGCUUGAACUUGAGCUUUCAGCUAAUAGACCAACAUAGACAUCAUAUUCAUAAUUAAUAAUUGUUGUCGAUUCAUCAACAUACACUUACACCACGAGGAAAAGAACACUACGUGAUGUUGACUUUGACAAAAGAAACGAAUUUUAAAUCGCACAGCACGUCUGGUACACGACGACGAGACCACACCAGGUAACCUGGCUCUGCAU